CUGCCUGGCUCCAGCUGCGGAGUGCUGCAGUCGGCCUGCCUUGUCUGCCUCUGAGCCUGCUGGGAGCUGGGGGGAGAAACCGUCGAGGGAGAGCGAGCAAGGGGGGAAGUGUGUGUGUGGGUCCCAAAACUGGAAAAGCACUACCAAAAAGCACACACGCUCACGGUUCAGACCGACUUUAAAGCCCUCCGGACGGAUUGUUGGCACUACUUUACCUAGAGCUGUGAAAAGCCGCAACGGAGAAACUUGCGUGAUUGUUUUUUCUUCUUCUGUGGUAGCAGCAGUGCUGUUGAUCCGCCGACUGCUCUGUUACUUGAGGGGAAUCAUUGGUUGGAGCAGCAUUGCGCAUUUACACCGCUGUAUAUCCAGGGGGAAAAGGAACAAUGAAGAACUAAGCGUUUUCUUCUUGCUGCUUUAGGUCGAGCUUGUCGCAAACUUAAAUAUUUUCCAGUGUAAUUUUGUAUCGCGCCUCUUUUCUCCCACCCGCGUUCAUUUUUCUCGACCUGUGUGGGAUGCGUCGGCUGCUGUAGGAUUCCGCUUGUUGACAAACAGUUUUUUUUCUUACAAUAAGUUUACAACAAGCUUCGGAGAAAAGAAGACAGAAAAUGUCUUCGCAGAGGUUCAAAAAGGAUAAAGAAAUCAUCGCGGAUUACGAGAGUCAAGUCAAAGAGAUCCGGGCUCAGUUGGUGGAGCAGCAGAAAUGUCUGGACCAGCAGACGGAGAUGCGGGUCCAGCUGCUGCAGGACCUGCAGGACUUCUUCAGGAAGAAGUCAGAGAUUGAGAUGGAGUACUCCAGAAACCUGGAGAAACUGGCCGAACGCUUCAUGGCAAAGACUCGCAGCACCAAGGAUCACCAGCAGUACAAGAAAGACCAGAACCUGCUGUCCCCGGUCAACUGUUGGUACCUGCUGCUGAACCAGGUGAGGAGGGAGAGUAAGGACCACGCCACGCUGAGCGACAUCUACCUCAACAACGUCAUCAUGAGGUUCAUGCAGAUCAGCGAGGACUCCACACGGCUACUCAAGAAGAGCAAGGAAAUAGCCUUUCAGCUCCAGGAAGACUUAAUGAAGGUCCUUAAUGAGCUAUACACAGUGAUGAAGACGUACCACAUGUACCACACAGAGAGCAUCAGCGCCGAGAGUAAGCUGAAGGAGGCCGAGAAGCAGGAGGAGAAGCAGAUCGGCAGGGGAGAACCCGUCUUCAGCAUCCGAAUGGAGGACAAAUACCAGAGGCGCAGCUCUGUGAAGAAGAUCGAGAAGAUGAAAGAGAAGCGUCAAGCCAAGUACUCCGAGAACAAGCUGAAGUCGAUCAAAGCGCGCAACGAGUACCUGCUGACUCUGGAAGCGUCAAACUCCUCCGUCUUCAAAUACUACAUCCAUGACUUGUCGGACUUAAUUGAUUGCUGUGAUUUGGGGUACCACGCCAGUCUGAACCGGGCCCUGCGGACCUACCUGUCAGCCGAAUACAACCUGGAGACGUCCCGGCACGAGGGUCUGGACAUCAUAGAGAACGCCGUGGACAGUCUGGACCCCCGGAGUGACCGACAGAGGUUCAUGGAGAUGUACCCUACGGCCUUCUGCCCACCGACAAAAUUUGAGUUCCAGCCUCAUAUGGGAGACGAGGUGUGUCAGAUCUCAGUGCAGCCACCGGUGAACGGAGAGCUCAUCCUGAGGUUCCAGCAGCUUCAGUCCCGCUUGGCAACUCUGAAUAUUGAGAACGAAGAGAUCAAAAAGACAUCUGAGGCCACCCUGACCACCAUCCAGGACAUGACGACUAUCGAAGACUACGACGUGUCCGAGUGUUUCCACCACAGCCGGUCCACGGAGUCGGUCAAAUCCACCGUUUCUGAGACGUACCUCAGCAAGCCCAGCAUCGCCAAGAGGAGGGCCAAUCAGCAGGAGACCGAGCAGUUCUACUUCAUGAAAUUCCGGGAGUUUCUGGAGGGCAGUAAUCUCAUCUCCAAACUGCAGGCCAAACAUGACCUGCUGAAGAGGACACUUGGUGAAGGCCACAGAGCCGACUACAUGACCACAAGCCGCGGACGAAGGAACUCACACGCUCGACAUCAGGACUCUGGACAAGCUAUCCCCCGCGUGGUUGAAAGCUGUAUUCGCUGCAUAAAUUUGUAUGGCCUUCAACAUCAAGGAAUAUUUCGCGUAUCUGGAUCCCAUCUGGAAGUCAAUGACAUCAAGAACUCGUUUGAAAGAGGAAAUGACCCCCUGGCGGACGAUGAUAACAAUCAUGACAUCAACUCGGUGGCCGGCGUUCUCAAACUUUACUUCCGUGGUCUGGAGAACCCUCUUUUCCCCAAAGAGAGGUUCAAUGAUCUGCUGUCUUGCAUCAGAAUAGAGAGCCUGUACGAGAGGGCGCUGUACAUCCGUAAGAUCCUCCUGACCAUUCCCAGAUCAGUCCUCAUCGUCAUGCGCUACCUCUUCGCCUUCCUCAACCACGUGUCCCAGUACAGUGAUGAGAACAUGAUGGACCCGUACAACCUGGCAAUAUGUUUCGGCCCCACGCUAAUGCCCACACCAGAAACCCAGGACCAGGUCUCCUGCCAGGCCCACGUCAACGAGAUUGUCAAGACCAUCAUCAUCCACAAUGAGAACAUCUUUCCUGAUGCCAAAGAACUGGAGGGGCCCAUCUAUGAGAAGUGUAUGGCUGGAGGAGACUAUUGUGAAAGCCCCUACAGCGAGCACGGAGCCCUGGAGGAAGUGGAAAAUGAGGGAGGGACAGAAACACACACCAGCGAGGACGAGGGUGAGCCCAUUGAAGCCAUCGCCAAGUUUGACUACGUCGGGCGCUCUUCCCGAGAGUUGUCUUUCAAGAAGGGCGCCUCCCUGCUGCUGUAUCAGCGGGCGUCAGAAGACUGGUGGGAGGGGCGGCACAACGGCAUCGAUGGCCUGGUGCCACACCAGUACAUCGUGGUCCAAGACAUAGAUGACAGUUUCUCAGACACUCUGAGUCAGAAGGCUGACAGCGAGGCCAGCAGCGGCCACGCCGGAGAGGAGAAAUGCUCGGGGAAAGACUUGGGCUCGCCCUCUGACAUCAGGAUCUCUGAGGCCUAUAUCACCAGCCGGCACAAGAAAAGAUCAGAACCCCCCUCUCGGAGGCCCCCUGCCCGCCCCAAUGAUGUCAUGGUGCACCCCUCCCAGCACGGUCACGGAGGACAUGGAGGUCACGGAGGACAUGGAGGGACCCCUGAGAUGGGCUCCCCAGUUCUGGGCCACUUCAGCCCGCGGGACAUGCUGCGGACUCGGUCCCACCUCCCCAUGGACAGCCCGGAGCGCCGCCGCCGCACCGGGCACGGCAGCCUGACCAACAUCAGCCGCCACGAGUCUCUGAAGAAGAUGGAGAGCCCCCCGAUCCGCCGCUCCACCUCGUCGGGCCAGUACAAGGCCUUCGGUGACCCCCACCACCUCCACCACCACGGUGGCAAGCCCCUGGACCCGGAGACCAUCGCACAGGACAUAGAGGAGACGAUGAACACCGCCCUGAAUGAGCUGCGCGAGCUGGAGAGACAGAGCUCGGCCAAGCACGCCCCCGACGUGGUGCUGGACACCCUGGAGCAGCGGCAGACCUCCGGGGCAGCGGGGGGGGGUCCCACGCCGGGCAGCUCCAGCGAGUCCCUCAGCCCCAUCCACGGCGUCACGCUGAGGUCCACCGCCAACACGGAGCCGCCCAUCCGCCGCAGCACCAGCUCCUCCAGCGACACCAUGAGCACCUUCAAGCCCCUGGUGGCGCCCCGCAUGGGGGUACAACUCAAACCCCCCGCCCUGAGGCCCAAGCCCAUGGUCCUGCCCAAGACCAGCCAGGCCUCGCCGCCUCCACCCACGUCUGCUCAGGACCCUUUGGACAAGUCCUGCACCAUGUGACCUCCGAGGCGGAAAUGUAAAGCAAAUACUCUCGAAUUCCAGGAGCUGCAAAAUGCUACCAAUGUCUUCAUCAAUUUACAGAAUAUAAUAUCUGAGAACGUGUAAAUUACCUGGACAGGAAAAUACAUUUGAAAGCAUCAUAAAGAGGACAGGAGUAUGCUAACAGAUCUCCGGUUAUGUGUUAAUAUGCUUAGGUUAAUAUUAUCUAACUCUUUUUUUUUCUGUUUUGACAUUCAAACAACAAAUCACAGAGGCUUCCUUCAUGAUUUUAGACAAAUAUACACAAGGUAGUUUAGUUUACAGAUAUUCAUGAACUUUGAACACGCCGCAUGUAGCUCCUGUUUACCACUGAACCUGAAGCGGUGGCGUCUCACUCCAGAUUAUGAUUUUUUUUAACUUUUUGCUCUCCUAUAGCAGAGCCAGUGAAGGUGUUUUAAACUGGUUGAAAGGCCUUACUAACUGAUUCCACACAUAUUAUUAAGUUGCUGUGACUACCUGGAGAGAAAGGGUGUGAAGGUUGGACUGAUUGAAACCCUUAACGGUACUUUGUUAAUAGAUGAUAGUACUGAUAGCAGCGUGUUUUCUUCACUAGCGUACACACUUACUUUUGCCAAGGCAUACCAUCUCCUGUGUUUCAGAAACUUCACCUCCGUGUGGGAUUCACUUACAUUUAUUUUUGAACAUAUUGCCUGGAAGGAGAUAUGACUAUUGGAUUAAACCACUACUUCACUAUGUUUGAUGCAUUUUUUAAUUCAGGCAUACAAUAAGCCUAAUAAUAAAUUAAGCCUUUGCAUCUGUAUAACAAAAGUGUGAAAAACGAUGACAAAUGAUCUCCUUUAGAGUAUACUAAACAAAGCUAUAUGUGGAACACGUCAUAGCUUCUUUUACGCCUUGCUUGGCUUUACCUACCCAAAGAUAUGACCGUACACAGCAUGGAUGUUGUCCCUCCUUGUAUGAUGUAGCCGUUCUUCAUAGCCCCGUGUGUAUAGACCAUGUAUAGACUAAUGGCGACGCCCUGCGGGAGCACUGCCGGUAGCCAUGGACCUGAUGACUGUUAGCGUGAAAGCCAGAUGCUUGUCCUGAAACAGAAGCUAACUGUUAGCUAACUGCUAACUUGUGUCUGCUUUAUGUUCAGGUGAGACUGUCAAUCUUUUUUUUUUUGUAUUGUCCUCCUUUAUUUUCUGCAUUUGUGGAUGAUGACACCUCUAAAUGCUUGACAUGUGGCAGAAAACAGGAUCAAUGAUGAACAACCAGUGUGUGUGUGUAGAGUUCAAUUCAAAUGCAGUAGCCCCAUAAAGCUGUCUGUGCCAGAGCGGCAACUGUGUGACUGCGACCCUGAUGUCUUUUGUUUUUAAUAACCUCAGUACUGUAGAGAAAAAACAAACUGGGUGGAUGUCCUCCUGGGAUUGUUUGUCUAGCUGCGCAUAAUAACACCCACAACACUUUCUAAUAGCAGAAUUACACUAUUUUUGACUUGUGUGUAUAAUAAUCAAAAAGAUGAUUCAUUUCUGAUUUACUAACUUUCAUUAUUUUUGUGACCAUUUUUGUUUCUGGGUAGAAACGACUUAGAACAAAUGAUGUAGAAUAAAUAUCCAGGGAUACAGUAUGAAGCCAGUUGUAAAAAUAAAUGAAGUGCUUUUGUCACUAUGUUGUUAUCAACAGUAGGACUCAGUGAUGCCCUGUGUAGGCUUUAAGCUGUAGUAUGUACAUCUGUAGUAUGUACUUGUGAAAGUGCCUUUAAAAAUGUUUUAGAGGAACUUCAGACAUUCUGUUAAAUGUUCAUGUCGACGCAGAAGAAAACACAUGAAUUAGUAACAAUGCCAUUUUCUCACAGCAGUUGUAUGACAGAGUUAAUCAUAAAUAAACAGCUUACCCAUUGUGACAUUGCACUUUUAUGUAUAUAACUGUAUAUAUGGCAUGUAACAUCAUAACGUAGAGUUCUCUGAGGGCUCAUACCUCCGAGGAUUUCUUUCUAAUAAAGGAAAUAGUUUGUCGAG